UCUCUGUUUUUAUACACAAUCUCUACCCCCCCAAAAAGGUAGGGCAUUAUCACCCAAUCUUUCCAUAUUGCAGAUGGAAACCCUGAGGCCUAGAGAGCGUAGCUUGCCUAAGGCUACCAAAGGAGGUCAGGAUUUGAACCAUAGCUGUCAACUGUCCCUUAUUUGGCGGGAAACUCCCUUAUCCCUGCGCCGUGUCCCGCUGCAGUCCCUUAUUGAUGAUGUCCCUUAAAUUUCCGGGGUUUCAAAGGAAGCAGCUAUUUCCCACCCCCCCUUCCUCCCGCCCUGUCUGAUGAAACUGAGAGCUGCAGAUGGAACACGAGAAAAAAGAUACAGAACUGCAGCAGCAUCUUUGUAGCUUGGACUUUGUUUUGCGCAAAAAGUGGUUGCUGCUUGUAGUUAUUUAAUUGCAGUGUUUCAUCAGCUGGUGUCUUGAGCAGCAACCUCUGGAAACGAAGGGCUAAAAACCGGCGCUGCUCUCCCAAAUUAUCUGGUCCCUUUUAACUUCGCACUUCAGCUGGUUGACUAAAAUCCCUUAUUUUGGCUGCUGAUCCCUUAUUUUUGAUGCUACUGGUCCCUUAUUUUCAAAUCUGUAAGUUGACAGCUAUGAUUUGAACCAGGGACUUUGCAGGUUUCUCAGCUGCUAACAUGCUGUCUGCUCAUCUCAGGCCAUGGAAUCCAGCUCCCCUACUCUCCCAGAUGCCCUCCUCUUCGAGGGGCAGGAAGGAUUGGUGCCCAACGGUGCCUUUUCUGCACCAAUGUCCAAACCCAGCUUCCCGCUUCAAGACCACGCCUAUGGACGAGCGUCAGAAAAAGUUUACGAUGCCUGGGAAGCUGGCGAAGUGCUGGGUCGUCCGAGUAACAGUGACACAGAAGAUCUCUUGCAAUUCCUGAUUAACCCAAACGACAUCUAUGAAUCGAGGAGUCCCAUCGCCUCGCCAGAGAGUGACAGCGGGAUCUCAGACGAUCCCCACGCGGACCCCCCUGCGCAGAGUGAGCUUGGGCCCCCGGACGUAUCGGCCACCAUCAUCUAUGAUGUUAUUUGUGACAUGGGUAUGGUGGAGGAGGCGACCGGACCUGAUCCUGUCUUCUCCAACCCCUUAGAGAACUGGACACCUCCAGCAAUACUCCCUGAGGCCUGUGCUAUGAGCGAAGUGUCACUUGGGCUCUUGGAGAAUGUGACCAGAUCCAAUGUGGAAGACAUUCCUAUGCCCCAGGAUCCUUUUGAGCCACUGCAACUCCAGGGCCUCUACUUGACGGAGGAGGAGAAGCGGCUCCUGAGCGAGGAAGGGGUCUUGCUGUGCUCCGACCUCCCCCUCACCAAGGCUGAGGAACGGAUCCUGAAGAAGGUGCGGAGGAAAAUCCGGAACAAGCAGUCGGCGCAGGACAGCCGACGUCGCAAAAAAGAAUAUAUUGAUGGGCUGGAGAGCCGGGUGGCAGCUUGCUCUGUGCAGAACCAGGAACUGAGGAAGAAAGUGCGGGAACUAGAGACCCACAACAUGUCCCUGCUGGGUCAGCUUCAGAAGCUACAAGGACUCAUUAAACAGACCUCCACAAAGGCAGCCCAGACCAGCACUUGCCUCGUGAUCAUCAUCUUCUCCCUUGGACUUCUCAUCCUGCCCAGCUGUAGCUCCUUCCUUGGGGGGACGCAGGUUAGCCGGGAUGACUACAAGCCGUCUGGAGUGAUUUCCCGACACAUCUUGACCAAGGGCAGCCUUUCCGGUCCGGACGAGUCUCCCGCCACCCGCAGCCCAGAAUCGCCGCGUGUUCAAAUGGAAGAACCCCGAGAGGACACCAGCGACGGGGACCCAGCGGCCGCCAGAAACCCUGACACCGCCAGGGAGAUCACGAUCGCCAACACGUCUGAUCCAGGAUCACCAAGCGACGUCAAGGAAACUAAUUCCAGGAGGCCCAAGCCAGAGAAAGACCCUACAAAGCAAAUGCACGCAGACGAGAUGUAGCAAAGACUGGGGAUUGAUCUGCCAAGCAGAAGUCACAGCAAGGCGUCCAAGAAUCCAUCUUGGUGUUGUUCCUCCUUUUUGGGGCACACUAUCCCGUUUCAUGACCCAGCCGGGAUCCCUUCUGGGAUGGCACAAGCAGCCUAAGAUCUCUAGCAAGAAAACAGAUUUUGAGGAAGCUCCCUGGCUAUUCUAGGGAGGGCUAGAAUUAGGGACUUUCUGUGCCAGUUUUGGCUGAGCCCGCGGGAUGUACGGGGAAGCAAUCAAGAAGAGCCACAGAACAUGGGCAGAGUGGAUUCCCGCUCGCCUCUUGUUGCCAAGUUAAAUGCAACUAGCACAGGAUCAGAGAAGUUGCCGCGUGGAGUUUAGGAGCACCUGCGAGCCCCAGCGUCUAUCCCUCUCUCUCUUUCUUAAAACAUUGGAGAUUUCGAGCUCGAUGUUUUAGGAAGGACAGGGCUGGAAGAAGAGAGUGCUGCGUUCUGCUGUUGGUUCUGCUAUGUUCUUGUGCCUUUAAACCGGGGAUAGGGUGCUGUUUUUGGCCAAAGGGAGACACAGUGUUGUGGGUAACCCUUUGGGGGCUGCAUGACAAUGGUCGGUGCGAUGGGAGGCAAGAAUCAGUGCAGUGCAGCAAUGCUUUGUACAGUAGCCAGCGCAUGCAAAUCCCCCCCAAUCCAAGCAAACCAGAGGGCUUCAUUGCUGCUUGACGGUUUCCUAUAGGCAUCUGAUUGGCCACUGUGAGAACAGGGCCUUUGGCAAGAUCUAGUAGGGAUCAUAUUAUGUUCAUAAGUUAAG